GCCUCAGGCCCCUAUAUUCCUUUAAGGUCAGUGUGAGUUUCAGCUCGCAUCUUCAGUGUUGCGCCGAUAGACGCGGGUUGCGCUUCAGCAUCAUUAUUUGACGGAUCGCAUUGGUGGCCCAUUGAGCUACAACUUUGAAAGAAACGUUACAAGAAAACUGACCUGAUCCAACGUGGAUUUUAAUUCCCGGGACUUGGGAACACCUGGCACCGUUCGCGUUAUGCUUCAUUUUGGGAAAUCGACGAGAAAGUCGUUUUAGUAGAGGUGCAAGGUUACUUGAUUAUUUCGUUUGACUUGUGCCUGAGUGUCUCGUGCUUUCCUUUCUUUUCGGGCUUUUCCCGGUUUCAGUAUGUUCACUGAGCGCGCCCUGGCCUUGUUGAACUUUUGCAUGCUGCUUCUGCUGCUGCUGCGUGCGUCCGCGGCCCGUGCGUGCGCGCCGUGCUCAGAGCGCGCGUGCCCACCGGUGCCCACACGGGGCUGUGAGGAAGGGCGCGUGCUGACGCGGGACCCGUGCGGCUGCUGCGAUCUGUGCACGCGACUCGAGACGGAAACGUGCGGCGGGGAGAACUGGGAGCUGGGCUCCUGCGCUCUGGGGCUCACGUGCAACGCUGUCAACGAAACCGGUCCAGUUGCCAUUCCUAAUACUGGGGUUUGCACAGUGGAGCUGAAGUGUGCUGCAAUCACAUGCCCAACUCUAGCCGUGCCCAAGUGCCCCCUUGACUCUGUGCUGACCCAUAGCUACCUCCCCCCUGGCAUCUGCUGCUAUAAUUUAUCACUACAGUGCACCUGUGCUCAAUGCCCACCCCAUCAAAUAUGUCCCAGUGGCCACAAAACUGUAAUCAUCAGUGAGGCUACAGGAGCACCAGGCAACUGCUGUCACUCUUACACAUGCGAGAAAGCAGUUUCCCCCGUGUGUGUGCACAACGGGACAGAGCUUGCCGAGGGUGAGGUGUAUCGCAUGGACUCCUGCUUGCUGUGUCAGUGUCGUGGAGGCAUCUCAUUCUGCUCCAAGGCUGAGUGUGCUGAGCUGGAGUGCGAUAACUUUUAUAUCCCAGAGGGUGAAUGCUGCCCUGUCUGUACAGAUGUGGAGCUUUUGUCAGCAGACAGUACUAAAGCCAGCUGCUGGAUGAACAAUAAGCUGCGGCACCACGAGGAACAGUGGAAGGAGGAUGACUGCACUUUCUGCCAGUGUGUGGAUGGCGAACCACACUGCACAGCUAUGGUGUGCAAACAGAGCUGCCAUAACCCUGUCAAGAUCCCUGGAGAGUGCUGCCCUUUCUGUGAGGAGCCUUCAUAUGAGACUGUGAGCCCAUUACUGUGUCCUGCACUUCAGAACUGCUCUCUGGCUGGACAUGAAUGUCCUUUUGGUUUUCAGCAGGACCACAAUGGCUGUCUACUUUGCCAAUGUCUUGGCACUAUUACAGAGGAUUCCUGCCCCAAAGUGUCCAGCUUCUGCAACAAGCAGUGCCCCAUGGGAUAUGAGAAGGAUGACUAUGGUUGUGAAGUAUGCGAAUGCAGCACACCCUCUGUGUGUAGACCUGUGACCUGCAGAAAGACCUGCCCCUAUGGCUAUGUGAGAAAUAAACACGGAUGUGAGAUGUGCCGCUGCAUAAAAUGCCCCCCCUUCACAUGUGACAAGCAGUGCAGUGAUGGCUAUAAGCAGAACAGAAAAGGCUGCAACAUCUGCCUCUGCAAAGAGAUUGAGCGUGGUGUUGGCAUUACCACUUCUUCUCCAGCAAGCAUCCACUGUCUUACUGCGAAUGGUCAGCGGUUUGAAGAGGGUGAGAGCUGGCAUGAUGGCUGCAGGGACUGUUACUGCCAUGCUGGACGAGAAAUGUGUGUCCUCAUCUCUUGCCCUGCACCCAGCUGCACAAACCCUGUGCUCAGGGCACACCAGUGCUGUCCCAGCUGUGAAGAGGAGACAGGCAGUGGUCGUCCUGAAGGAAUGGACAUGGUGGUUUGCCAAGCUCCUGGGAACGAGCUUUAUGUGGAGGGUGAUACUUGGAACCUGGAUGAAUGCACCCGCUGUACCUGUAGGCAGGGCCGUGUGCUGUGUGACACAGAAGUAUGUCCUCCUGCCCUCUGCCAGACACCAACCAGAAUCAAAGGGACCUGCUGCCACAUCUGCCAAGAGGACACACAGAGCUCCCUCCUUCCGGUCAAUAACAGCCAACGAGAAUAUUGUAUAUCCAGUGAUGGAGACAUCCUUUUGGCUGGCGAUUCAUGGAAACCAAAUGCCUGCACUAGUUGCAUUUGCAACAAUGGGACCAUUCAGUGUUUCUCCCAGCGAUGUCCAGCUGCCAAAUGCAAAGUACCAGUUCUUCGCAAGGGACAGUGCUGUCCACAGUGUCUCGAUGUUACAACAACCUCAGUGCCAAUGACCUCUACAACAACAAGCAAAAGUAAAAGCAAAGCCAGCGACCUCGUUACAAUCACUGAAAGUGAAGUUUGGAUCACGGUGCAUACAGUAGUUCCUGUUACAGGUAAUCUAGAUGAGGAUGUUCUGGCCAAGAUGGAGAUCUCCCACAUUUACCAAUCAGUAGCCUGGAUUCUGGCCGCCCUCCUCAUGUCUAUAGUUGUUUUUUUUAUUGUGGCGCUUCUCAUUAACAAGAAGAAAAACUGUGUGCAGAUGUCCUGCUAUGAUGCACCCAAAAAGACUGUGAUCCUGAAGAAGCAUGUGAACAAGAGCUUGGUUGUGUACACUGAGCCGUCCAAGGAGAACAAGCUGCAGAGCGUGAAGAACGACUGCAGCAUGACCUCCUCGCCAAGCGCGAGUUCAACCUAUGGGGAGCGGAUCAGCAUCCCCCGGGCCAAGCUGAGCAACGGACAUGUGAGAGUCCAGCGUUAAGGUCUCCUGCUGGGACUACAGGAAAUUUCCUUUCAUCUCUAUUGGUUUCAUAAGUAUCCAUGAAGCUCACAGAGCAACUCAAACCACAUGCCAAGGAUUCUUCUGCCUUCCCUUGAGAGAGAUCUUUGGUGUCCAGUGGAGGAAAGAAGGAUUAUUAUGAAACCAUGCAUCUUACUUUAUUAUAUUGCCAUCUACCCCCAACCCCCCUUUUUCGAACGGUAAAUUCUUCCCAUAUAAAGCUUUUAGGAGCAAUAGGAGAGGAAAGCAUACUUAUUUGAAAAUGACUCAAUAACGGCCCACUCUGGAAAAAAGCUGAGAGUGAGUUUAUGAAAACUUUAACCGAACAUUGCAACAGACUUCUGUAACAAUUCCAAUUUACUUAUUUGGAUCUAUCCUUUCUAACACUUUAUGCUAGAAGUUUACAACCAAGCUUUGAGUUUUGCUCAGGCAAAACUUGGCUGGGGUAUAUACAGUGACCCAGAUUGGAGGGCAGCUUUUUGGCUGAUUCGUUCGUGGACUUUGGCAGGGUAAUAAUGAAUAGACUGGAAAUUACUUUGACUAAACUAUAUUCAUGACCAAUUUUAUUCGGAACACCUGCAUACAGCAAAUAUCCAAUCAGCCAGUGCAUAAAAUUAUCCAGAUCCAGUUUGAGUUUUGCCAUCAGUACAGGAGGAAAAAGUGAUCUUGGUCAUCAGGGAAAAAUUUCUCACUGACUUGUCAAUGGCAUGGUGUGCUGGGGGCUGAUGCGCUGGUUUGAGGUUUCAGAAACUGCUGAUCACCUGCGAUUGUAUUGAAUUAAAAAAAAAUAAAUCAAUAUUCUGAUCUUUUCUCUCAUCUUAAACUAUCAGUGACCACUAAAAUCUCAGAUCUUUCUUCUUAUCAGACAGUAAUGGAGCUCAAUGUGGUCGUCUGCUGUUGGAGCCCAUUCACCUUAAGAUUUGAUCCGUUUUGCAUUUUGACACAGUGCAACUUCGAUACUCGUGGGGGUUACGUCCUAUGACCCCUCACGAGUAAUAAAAAAUUGUGAGGUUUUGACUCUCUCCUUUUGAUGUUUCCUUUUUCAAGGGGAAUUGUACAUAUACUGUAAACUCAAGAAAUGUUUUGUUGCCAUAAAUAUUUUAUUUACUACUUUAAAUUAAUAAUACAAUAAUAGUUUUUCAAACAUUUUAUGUAAUUUAUUAGUACAAACUCUGUUUUGAAAUGUUAUGCCGAACUUUAGAGCCACUCGCGGCUUCUCACGAACUAUCAGAUUUUUCGCGAGUUACUCUUUGUCCGGUUCCAAAUGAAAAGUUGCGAAUAUCGAGGUUCAACUUUACACUUUUCCUGCUUACCAUAUUUGUGAGGAGUGUUUAUUUGCGGUACUUUAGGCUUCCCUCAAACAAAUUCAGCCAUUUUUCACUCUCCUCUAUUUUUUGCCAAUGCAACUCUGAAUGGUUUAUGUUUUCUGAACCGUUCUGUCUAAUCUCCAUUGUGUGAAAAUCCCAGGUCACCAGUUUCUAAAAUACUGAAACCAGCCUGCAUGGCUCAGACAAUUUUCCCCAAUUGUCAUGUUUGAAGGAAACCUUCUGAAAACGGAACCUCAUGAGCUGCAUUUGAAUGAUUUUUUGCAUUGCGCUGCUCUGACGUGAUUGAUUUUCAUCAAAUUUAAUCCAUGUAUGUACCUAUGCUCCUGAUAAAGUGGCUGGGUGAGUGUACAUUGAACAAAAAGCAGAAUCUGAAUUAUCAGCACCCUUCAAGAUGACCGGAUAUUCAGACUCUGGUUUAUGUCUAUUUUCAUUUUACCUUUAAGUAUAUUAAUUGUAGUCUUAGUGACCUGAUGGUUUAUUUUAUGGCUUCUUUAAGUAGUAAAAUGUGAUGGUUAAGAACCUAGACUAAAAAUCCAUUACAUUACAACCUAUGUGGGUCAGAAUCUAUCUAAAAAGUACGGUAUGCCAAAAAAAACGUUUGUCAGCCAUUGAUUAAAAUCAUUGAGUGCACUGACAAUAAGCUCACAAUAUUUUAGGAUAUUUCUUUUUUUUCCCUGUAGCCUACAAGAGAUAUAGCUAGAUGAUAACUCUGUAAAUCAGAUCUAACUAUUUGUGGCCAUUGCAAUACUGGACUAUCAAAAUAAAUAUCAAGUCUUAUACAGUUUUGGUUCCUGCAGUAUUACUAUGCACAUGGCUGAUGCAGAAAAAGGCAGCAGGUAUUAUUAGGGUCAGCUGCUUACCAAAAAUGUGCAAAAUAUUCCAGGAAAGACUGAUGCAUGGACAGGGAUUUCACGUUCAUAUCAGGAUGGUAAAACUGCUUCAGUAAACAGUGUUUCUAUUUGGGAUUUACUGCCAAGCGUUACACAAUACAUUCACAGGACAAUUUGACUCAGUUUUUUUGCUAGGAUCUUUUUUUCCAUAAGGAGUGUUGCAAUGGGGGGCUUGAAACUAUAAUGUGGGAGAGGGGCAAAACAAAAAGCAAGAACAAUUUUAGAUCAGCUUUAUAGCUGUUGGCUUUAAAUUAUGAUAAUAAUGGCCAUUCUAGUGUUGUAUUUCUUAAAUGUAAAAAGGUAGAUAAACCAUAGAUAGAGUACAUUAUUUAUUUUUUCAAAACAGUUUAUUUAUUAAUACUGAACUAUAGUUUGCGUACCAAGAAAUUUGUGCUGUUUGGAUGUUGACAGAAACCAUAGUAGCCAAAGCUGCUGUACAUUGUUAAUUUUGUAAACCAUUUUCAUGUCUAUCUGCUUUUUUUUGUUUUGAAAAGGAAUAAAUGCUGUAUAUCACUGUGUGA